CUUUUGAGUUCUUUUCUUCUCUCUAUACUUUCACCUCUUUGAUUAUUUUUUGACCAUUCUAUCCUUUUAAUAUGGCACAGACAGCAACACAAACCAUAGAAACUCAUCAUGAAGAUAUGAUUCACGAUGCUCAAUUGGAUUAUUAUUCUCGUCGUCUUGCCACAGCUUCAUCCGACAGUACUAUCAAAAUAUUUAAUGUUGAAGGCGACUCUCAGCGGUUAAUCGAUACCUUGACUGGACACGAUGCACCUGUUUGGCAGGUAUCAUGGGCACAUCCAAAGUUUGGUAACAUCCUUGCUUCAUGUUCAUAUGACGGUCGUGUAUUUAUUUGGAAAGAACAAAACAAUGUUUGGUCAAAGAUUAAAGAGCAUACUACUCAUACUGCUUCUGUGAAUUCUGUAUCUUGGGCUCCUCAUGAACUUGGUGCCAUGUUAGCUUGCGCAUCAUCUGAUGGCAAAGUAUCUGUUCUUGAAUAUAGAGAUGAUGGUUCUUGGGAAACAUUUGUUAUUGAUGCUCAUGGUAUAGGAUGUAAUGCAGUGACAUGGGCACCAGCUGCUGUUCCUGGAAGUCUUGUUCAUGCAAAUGGUGGUAAUUUAAAUGUGAUGAAAAAAUUAGUCUCUGCUGGUUGUGAUAAUUUGAUCAAGAUUUGGACUUGGAGGGAUGAAAGUAAAUCAUGGCAAGAAGAAGAAAUUUUGGAUGGACAUUCAGAUUGGGUACGUGACAUUGCUUGGGCUCCAAAUGUUGGUCUCCCUAAAAGUUAUUUGGCUAGUUGCUCUCAGGACAAAACGGUAUUAGUUUGGAUUCAAGAAACACCUGGAUCAAAAUGGAUAAAGAAAAGUUUGAAUGAUAAGUUCCCUGAUGUUGUUUGGCGCGUUAGCUGGUCACUUUCUGGUAAUGUUCUUGCUGUAUCUUGUGGUGAUAAUAAGGUGACAUUAUGGAAAGAAGAUGCAAAAGGUGAAUGGAACUGUAUUCAAGAAUUGGAAGAAAGUGCUUAGUAUAGUAUAGCUUAAAAAAAUUUAGUUUGGUAUAGUUUAGGUUAGUUUAUUAUUACUAUUAUUUUUUUUUUUACAUAUACAAGUUGAUAUUUGUUUUAUUUUGUGUGAUAUAUUAUACAAUAAAUUGAUGAUAUUUGAUAGUUUA